GCGAUCGCGCUGCUGCGGUCGGGGACGGGGCGGGGCUGGCGGCGGGGGCGGGGACCCGGAGCGGGAAGAUGGCGGCGGCGCAGGAGACGGACGGGGCCGGCAGCGCCGUGGUGGCGGCCGGAGGAGGCAGCUCCGGUCAGGUGACCAGCAAUGGCAGCAUCGGGGGGGACCCGCCAACGGAGACCCAGCCCCAGAACCCACCCCAGCCAGCAGCCAACGCCUGGCAGGUCCUCAAAGGCGUCCUGUUCAGGAUCCUCAUCAUCUGGGCCAUCAGCAGCUGGUUCCGCCGAGGGCAGGCCCCUCAGGACCAAGUGGGCCCCGGAGGAGCCCCGCGCGUCGCCAGCCGCAACCUGUUCCCCAAAGACACUUUAAUGAACCUGCACGUGUACAUCUCAGAGCACGAGCACUUUACAGACUUCAACGUCACGUCAGCCCUCUUCUGGGAGCAGCAGGACCUUGUGUACGGCGACUGGACCAGCGGCGAGAACUCAGACGGCUGCUACGAGCACUUUGCUGAGCUCGACAUUCCACAGAGCGUUCAGCAGAAUGGCUCCAUCUACAUCCACGUCUACUUCACCAAGAGCGGCUUCCACCCAGACCCCCGGCAGAAGGCCCUGUACCGCCGGCUCGCCACAGUCCACACGUCUCGGAGUAAGUCAGUCUCUGCAGCUCGGUCCAUAGUCAAGGCAGCUGGCAGCCUGGGUGCCCCAAGCCGGUGAAGGACCCCGAAUCCC